UUCUACACCAAACAAUCACAUCUGCCCGGACAAGGACUGACGAACACUGAAUGGAUCAAGCUAAAUGGCGAGAAUUUGGGAUCCCAGACGUGGAAAUCACCUCCCAUGAUACAUCCCUCACAAAUCGUGACACCCAACAACUGACACCGCACAACACCACCGGCCUGGUUGAUGAGGUGCUUCAUGAAGUUAUGCUGGCUGAAAAUGUCACCAAUGAUGGCGACUUCAUUCCGGCAUUCUUUACAGGGCCCGGAAUGGGAAACGUCACAGCGCAGUUCGUCAGUUCGUUCAUUUUUGUAAACUGGGGUUUGAAAGAGGAUAUUGAUGCUUUGCACAACGCGAAUGUCUCCCUCGAGGGCAUAAUUGCCAUCAUGAAAUCCGUGCAGUAUAUCUCCCGCGCAGAACAAGCCGUCAAUGCACUAUUGGCGGGUGCAGUGGGCGUCAUCAUGUAUUCCGACCCCGAGAGCGAUGGCUCCAUCACCGAGGCAAACGGGUAUAACGUCGGCCCAUCGCCAGAGGUCACUGAGGUGAACCUCGCCAUUGACGUGGACCGGUUUGACGGCCAGGUUCAUAAUGCCUUCGGCACCAUCAAAGGCAGCGUGAUGCUGGAUGAAGUGGUCAUCCUGGGAUCCCACAGCGAUGCCUUUGGGGCUGCCCUCAAGACAGGACGGAGACCGGCACGUACGAUCAUAUUCGCCAGAUUUGAAGGUGAGGAAUUCGACCAAACCGGAGCUCGAGGCUGGCUGAAGGAAACCCGCAAAUGGGUGAACGCUGAGCUGAUGGCGUAUCUGAACGUGGUCGUGGCAGGAUCUAGCACGAAGCUGCGUAUCAAGGCGAGCCCAUUGCUGAACAAGGCGCUGGUAGCGGAGGAGACACCAUGGUACGGUGAUCUCGCCUGGGAGUAUCAUACCACGACAGUCAAAAUCUGGGGUUUGAUAGCAACGACUCUCCUCGAGACGCCUGUUCUGGUGAUGAAUGCGGCCGAUUAUGCAUCCGCGCUGGGCCAAUAUCUGGACCAAGUCCGCCAAAACCACCCCUUUCCAUUUGAAUUCAAGUAUGCACCUCUCUACAAUGCGACCGAGCGGUUUGCCCAGGCAUCAAUGCCGUUUGAUCAGCAUGCAGCUGAGCUGGCUAGUCGAUUGGAUAGUCAGCAAGAUACCGAGUCUGCAUUGUACGAAGAAAUCCGCGCCAUCAACCACAAGUAUAUUGCCCCGGAAAGCCAAUUCUCCUUCACUCCCAGUCCGGAUUCCGGCAUGGCCCCUAACCCGCAACAUGCCAUUCAACACAUGACGUCACGGCAUAUGGAUUCAGAGGCUUUCCCGCUUCUUACGUGUUCCUUUGAUGGUGGAUAUGCUACACUGUCUGAGACAGGGAGAGACAUUAUCGCCAGCAGAAUCGAUGCUGCUGCGGACUCACUCAUUCGAGUUUAA